UAACACGAUGGAUCCGAUAGUAUGAGAACGUCUGUUGGGGGAACGGGACAAACUGAGCAAACACCCGCCGGCCUUUCCCGCAUUUCAUGUGUUUAUCAACUUUAUGUCGAUAGCUUCAUGACGCAAUUUCACUCCCCACUGCAUACCAAACAGUCCAGCCAUGUCACAACGCGGGAAGAGGCCUGCGAGCCGAUUGAAGCCCGUGGCGGUGGAUUCCUUGGAAACGGUGGGAUUCGUUUCCAAAGGCGAUCGCAAAUUGCUGGACCAUAAAGCCCAGAAUGACUAUUUCUCCAAAAUCGUCGAACGAUACAUGGCGUUUUGUGCUCGCCACUCGGAAGAUUUAGAUGCAGCGUGGUCAUCUCUUCCCACAAGUGCGUCCGGCGAUGCCACGAAGAACCCCCCGGCGGCUCUUCCCCAGUCGAAAGAAAAGCAGACCAAGAUCCAUAGUCUUUCCGCAUCUACCGAACUGUCCACCCUUCUUCUUUCCCUCCGUAAGCUUCGUGAAGCGGUUCUAGCCACUGCGUCCACAAUACCAGUCUCAUUCUCCCAGCGUGUCCAUGUCUUCUCGGUCAAAAUAUCCAUUCAAGCCAAGCAUCCUCCGUCAUAUUUCCCCUCUCUCCGCUACCUACUCGAGAAACUACACUCGCCUUCUCACCCGUUACCCGAGUCGGAGUUGAAAGAUCUCAUUUCGUAUCUAAUCCUUGAUUACGCCUGCCGACAGGAUGAUUUGGUCGCCGCUUUCGAGCUGCGCGCGAAAGCGCGCCGCGAACAUGCGUUUCAGUCGCCCGCAAUUGACCGUGUUUUAACAGCCUUAGCGCAUGAUAACUGGGUCGUAUUCUGGCAGGUCCGAAAAGAAGUGGAUUCCUCCGUUCGCGUGUUAAUGAACUGGGCUGAAGAUCGAGUUCGGAGACAUGCACUCAAGGCUGUUGGUAGCGCCUACCUCAAUGUCGGAGUGCAGUGGAUCACAGAAGGCUGCACAGGAGAUAACCGCUGGACGUGGGAUAAGCUGGUAGAGACAGAGAAACUUGGCUGGCAGAAAGAGGGUGACAAGAUUAUCAUCCGAAAGCCGAAACCGAAGCCUCAAUCAGUUCUUGCAUCAAGUAAGGGAAAUGCGUAACGACUGUCUAUAACGAAGCUUUAUGUCUUUAAUUCUCGUGUCAUAUCGUUAUACUGCGUUCAGGCUGGAGCACAUGGCGUCUGGUUUUCAAUGCUGAUAGAA